AUGAUCGAUAAAAUAAAGCAGCGUUACAAUCACACCUGGAUAAAGCAAGAGGAAAAUUGCCUAAAACUGAGAUCUAAGCUGAGAAGGAAGUGCAAUGGCUUCGACACGGCCAUCGUCACCCAGGAAAACACUCCGAUUGGAUCAAGGCUUGUGUACGACGCCGACUGGAAGAAGAACCUUAGGGUUACCCCGAAGAUAUUCCACGUCUUUACAAAGGAGAAUCCUUUUGUGGGUAAAAAAUUGAGAACAUGCGCUCUAGUUGGGAACGGCGGUAUCUUGACUGACAGCAAGUGUGGAAAGAGCAUCGAUUCAGCUGAGUUUGUUCUGAGGUGCAAUCUACCGCCUUUGAAAAGUGACUAUCAAGAACACGUGGGCAUCAAGACUGAUAUUGUGACAGCAAACCCAAGCAUUCUCCUAAGGAAAUAUGAGUCUCUAAUGAAUCGUCGCCGUCCAUUUGUGGAGAGUCUGCAAAGCUACGGAAACGCUUUGCUUGUCUUUCCUGCCUUUUCCUAUAGCUUUAAUACAGAGGUGUCCCUGCGUGCCGCCUACACUAUUGAGGACUCUGAUAGCCCUGCUCAACCCGUCUUCUUCAACCCUGGGUACCUUCGCAAUCUGUCCAUAUUCUGGAGAAGCGAGGGCUUAAAACCAAGACGUCUCAGCACUGGCUUUAUCAUGACAAGCUUAGCACUGGAAAUAUGUGACCAUGUGGAACUGUAUGGGUUCUGGCCCUUCAGUAAUCACCCAUAUGAACUGUAUCCCCUGUCUAAUCACUACUACGAUGACAUGAAGGUUUCGCCAAUGCACGCCAUGCCUGCUGAGUUUAACGUCUUGUUGAAGCUGCACAGUGAGGGUGUGCUCAAGCUUCAUCUGGGAAAUUGCUGA